AUGGACAUAAGGUUUCAGGGCAUAGAGAGUAGGGUUCCGGGGUUAGGGUUUAGGGUUCAGUAUAUAGGAGUAAGAUUCCAGGUUAUAGACAUAAGGUUUCAGGGCAUAAGGAGUAUGGUGAGUGCAUUAAGCACAUUAAAAGAUGAUGAUGAUGUGUCAGAUUCGAACAGUUUAUACUCAUCAGAGGAAGAUAUAAAUAAGACAAAUGUUCGUGCAAAGACAUUAGGAAGUGAUGGACCACAUGUUUCAAGUGUGAGGUAUGGGGACUAUCGUCCUCCCCAUGGAGGAGUAGGUUCCUCCGCCCAUGCGGCACAGUGGAACCAUCCAAGAGAUGCCAAAAAUGUAAAAGAUCAAUUUCGAAGAAUUUGUAAAAGAAUCUUUUGUCGUCGUGCCAUGAAACAUAGAAGUAUAUUAUUAUUAAUAUUGGGUAUGUUGGCCCUUGGUUUAUUUGUUUUGUAUUGUGGAAAAUCUUAUAUACUGAAAUCUCAUUGUGAUAGUAUAAAGGAUUUGGAGACUUGGAAAGACAUUUAUAAGUGGAUCACGGCGAAUACACCGAAUUCAACGUACUCCAUGGUAGGACCGGCUCUGUGCGCACUAUUAGGUCUCCUUAUAGUAGUUAGUUUCCUUGGAUUCCAUUAUUAUAAAGCACGCAAAAAAUACAUCCAAAAAAAAAAAACGAAAUUCUAA